AUGUCGGUAGGAGACUGCUGCGUCAAAGGGUUUGAAUGGGAUGGUACGCCAACCGGAAAGACGGGUCGUCUUCCUGGCUCCGACAACGACACCUACAUCGCUGGGGAUGAAACCAGCGAUGCAGCCGUGUUACUCGUCGCGGAUUUGUUUGGAUGGACAUUCAAUAACAUUCGGCUCUUAGCGGACCACUAUGCGCGUGAAGGCAAAGUGACAGUGUACGCGCCUGACUUCUUUGGCGGCGAGGUCAUACCUUCCGAUCUUCUUGUCAGCGAGCAGUAUGAUAAGGUAGAUCUUCCAGGGUUUCUAGAGAGAAACGGUCGGGAGGCCCGAGAAAACGAGAUCUUCCAAUUCGCAAAGGCAUUGAGAGCAAAGUAUAAGAAGGUUGGAGCGAUCGGAUUCUGUUAUGGUGGAUGGGCGGUCUUUCGUCUGGGCGCAAAGGAGAAUCAACCACCGCUCGUUGAUUGUAUCGUUGCAGGCCAUCCUUCCUUGUUGACCAAGCAGGAUAUUGAUGAGGUUGCUGUGCCGGUGCAAAUGCUAGCUCCGGAGAUAGAUCUCAUGUACACGGCUGAGUUCAAGAGCCACACCUUCGAGACACUCUUGAAGUUGAACGUAACUUUCGACUAUCAGCACUUCCCUGGCGUCGAGCAUGCUUGCUUCGUUCGUGGCAACGAAAAGAAGCCGGGUGAGCUCGAAGCCAUGGUUCGAGGAAAGAACGCUGCUGUGGAUUGGAUCAAGCGGUUCUUGCAUGAGCUUUGA